AUGACCAAGCCGUCCGGCUCCUCGACCAUGUCCUUCGGCUCCUCUGCCACGCCAUUCAGGGCUAAGAGCAAUCAACAACCUGCCUCCAUCGCGGACAUCGCCCGACACCUAGAGUGCCUGAGCGAGCUGAUCGUGGGCUCAUGGGACGAGUCGAACGGGUAUCGCGCGCGCGAAAUCAUGCCUCGACAUUGCCCCGCCACCUUUCAAACCGAGUUUAUUUCCAUGGACUUCGGAGCCUGGCCACACCUGCCCGCUCUCGAAGACUACCUGAAGCACUGCGACAAUCUGCGGCUCGUGAAUCCGGCGUGGCGCAUGAAUGCGUACAAUUUCUCCGCCUUUGUCGACCGCGAGCUGCAGACCGCGGUGGUGUGGUUUACGUCGGGCCCCAGUAGCCAGCCUGCGAAUGACGAAGGCAACUGGAAUACGCACCGCGAGAGCGUGAGCAAGUUGAAGUGGAGGAGGCGCGAAGGGGAUGGAGAGUGGGAAUGUUAUUGCCACAGCGUCAUUCGCGGCGGCGGUGUGGCCGUACCCAUGGGAUGA